AUGGAUAAGCCAUCAGGAGUACUGGCAUCAAAAGAGAACCCAGCUACACCGGGGCAAAAGAGUAAAGUGUGUGAUUAUGAUUAUAUGGCUUCACCUGCAGCGCCCACUUUCUGUACACCUGGAUUGAAAGUUCCCUCUAGGAAGAAUACCACUUUACCAAAAUCCCCAGAGAGUAACCUGUCAGACGCGUCUAAUAAUACAGAUGAAGUUACCCAUCCAGACCCUCAGUCUCUGGGAAAAGAGCCUGAACCACCGUAUGUAAUCCAGAUGGUACCAAAUAAAGGGUACGUGGAAGAAGCUGUUGCGCCUGUCCUGCCCUCAAACACGUAUCUGGACUGUCUUAAAACACCUGCUCCUCCUGCCAUAUCGGACUACAGAAACAUAUUUACCACUCCUCCGCCAGCUCCUGAAAUAACUGUCAUUCCAACACAAAUUCUGCAGAUUUUAUCAAAAUACAGCUCAAACACAGACCCACCCAGAGUCACAGAGAAGGUGAAAAAUGAAGGAAUGGCCACACAAUUUGAAAGAAGGCCUGCUCUUGCUCUUGAUAUUAGUAACAAAGAAAACAGGAUGCUUUUCACUUUGGACAGCUCAAGAAAUGGAAUAGAAAACUACGUGGCAAAAGACAAGAACAUAGAACUUUUGCAUAAAUGA